AUGUGUGUUCUGUUCGGAGCUGAGCCUGACGUUUGUGGUAGGAAAGCAAUGAUGGGCGCCAUUACGAUCCUCCUCGCUGGCUCAAUUGCUGAGAUUGCCUCCCAUGACUGGCAGAGCUGGCUUGGUGCUGCAGUGCUCGUCCGUCUGGGUGUUGGUCUGGCUCAGUCUAUCUUGAUCACUUACAUUUCUGAGCUAGCACCCUUCCAAAUCCGUGGGUUCAUGAUAGGGGCGUAUCAAUUGAUGCUUGCACUGGGCCAGCUCAUAUGCGCGGUGGCUUCUCAGCUCGUGCAGGUGCAUAGGCCGAAUGAAUGGAGACCUCUGAUUGCGACGGAGUUUGUCUUUACCGGUAUCUUGAUUAUGAUGAUCUGGAUCGUUCCGGAAUCGCAUCUUUACUACGCGCGCAAGGGCGAUGUGACUCGCGCGAAGCAGUCGAUGAGGCGUCUGUAUGGUAAUGUUGCGGGCUACGAUAUCGAGCAUGAGUAUCGUGUGAUCGAACAUGGUAUUGAGGCCGAGAAAGAGCUCAGCCGCGCUUCCAAAGAGUCUUCGUUCCUCGAGAUCUUCCAAGGCACCAAUUGGCGUCGGACUUUGGCUGGCGCUGUGGGUAUCUGCAGUCAGUGGUCGGCAGGUGCUCCGAUUGUCUUCAGCUACUCGACGUACUUCUUCAAGGUGGCGGGCAUGGACGAUCCAUUCAUGGUCACAAUCAUCACCUUCGUCCUGCUAAUCAUAUCGAUCUUCUGCUCACUAAUCGCCUGCGAAUACAUCGGCCGCCGUCCUCUUCUUAUCGGUGGCUGCUUUCUCAUGUGCCUCUUCAACAUUGGACUGGCUACGUCGGGAAUCUUCCACACCAGCGGCGCCAACAAAGCUGCUCUCGCGUGUUUGCUGAUCUGGGUCCUGUGCUAUGGCGCGUCAGCUGGUCCGAUAGGAUUUGUCGCUGCUGGCGAGACUUCGACUCCGAGAUUGCGAGCCCAGACGACUUCUUUCAACUUGGGAUGUUAUGGUGCCGGCUUGUAA